AUGAUAGGUCCAUGUAAAUCAGACCAAUAUCGUUGUUUAACAACUAAUCAAGAUGAAUGGUGUAUUGAUGAAACUAAUCAUUGUGAUGGUUAUCAUUCUUGUCCACAAGGAAUGAAUGAAUAUGGAUGUACAAAAUCAAACUUAAGACCAGCGUCCCCUCAAAUAAAAAGAACUAUUCGUGGUGGUAUUGUAACCACAAUAAUUAUAUUUGGAUUAUUACUUAUUAUUGGUUCAGUUAGUAUUGCACUUGGUUUUGUUUAUUUGCAACGAAAACGUCAAAGACGAAGACAAUUUACUUAUUCGCUUGAAUCGACUAGUGAUGAUUGGGAAUCAUCGAGUGCAGGUUAUCGUUUAUUUGAUAAUUGGACUAAUAAUCGUCGUCAGACUGACAAUAAUAUUGAUACUAUUAUCAUUGAUGCUAAUGAACAUAUGCCUAUUGCAACAAAUAUGACAAAUCGGUGA